CCUGUCCGUGUCCUCCGCAGCGACUGGCCGUUCGGCGCCGUGUACUGCACCAUCAGCAAUUUCAUGGCAAACGUGACCAUCGCCGCCAGCGUCUUCACCCUCAUCGCCAUCUCCUUCGACAGGUACAUCGCCAUCGUGAAGCCGCUGGAGCCGCGGAUGUCGAAGACGUCGGCGCGCGUGUUCAUCCUGGUGAUCUGGGCGUCGUCCAUGCUGCUGGCGCUGCCCUGCAUCCUGUACUCCACCACCGUGUCCAUUACGUACAAAGACAACGAGGUUCGCCGCGGCUGCAUCCUCCGCUGGCCCGACGGACAGACCAGCACAUCUCAGCAAGAACACAUAUAUAACAUCGUCUUCUUCAUCACCACGUACAUGCUACCCAUGCUGGCUAUGCUGGCAUGUUAUUUUCUCAUUGGGCGCGAACUGUGGGGUAGCCGGUCCAUAGGAGAGCUUACCGACCGACAGGUGACCAGCAUACGGAGUAAACGCAGGGUUGUAAAAAUGUUCAUCGUCAUCGUGUUGGCGUUUGCGCUGUGCUGGCUGCCGCAGCAAGCCUUCUUCUUGUACACCUUCCACAACGCUCAGAUCCUGGACACGUCGUACAUCCAGCACAUCUACUUGGCCUGCUAUUGGCUGGCCAUGUCCAACGCCACAGUCAAUCCCCUUAUAUACUACUGGAUGAAUGCGAGGUGA